GAUUAUCCAAGUAGACAAAUUGCAUUAAUUCAUCUUUUCCAGAUUGUAAAGACAGAACCAUGUGGUACUCUGUUCUAGUCUGUCCCACAUUUGUAAACCACAAGUUUCAAUGAUUUUUCAGAGAAGUUGCUACUCCUUUCGUUGAUCUUUCUAUAUAUACACACUUAACUCAUUCUUUCUAUCAUCAUCAACCAAACAAGCAAUCCAAUAACUUGAAUCUUUUCAUACAUCUUCAGUUCAAAAGCUUUAAAAAGAUUUCAAACUUUUCAGACCAGAAGAAAUAGCAAUGGCCUUGGUGAGAAGUCUGUUGGGAGCAAAGAAGAUUCUAAGCCGUUCCACCGUAGCAGCUUCGGCAGCACCAAAAGGGUUUCUUGCGGUGUACGUAGGGGAGAGCCAGAAGAAGAGAUAUUUGGUGCCAAUCUCAUAUUUGAGCCAGCCUUCGUUUCAAGCUCUGCUCAGUAAAUCCGAGGAAGAGUUUGGGUUCAACCAUCCGAUGGGUAGCUUAACGAUUCCUUGUCCGGAAGAUACCUUCAUCAAUGUGACUUCUCGUCUCCAUUGAUGAUGAUCCUACAUUUUUUGUUCUUCCUAGUUUAGAAAUAGACUUGCUAAUUGUAAAUAGCUGAGCUGAGUAUUUUUGCUCUUUCUUCUUGAAAGAGUUGUUCUAAAAGUUUAGAGUGUGAUUGUGUAAAUGCCAUUUUUAUGCGAAAGACACGAUACAUUGCAAUACAUUUUGGAUCGAUCA